AUGGUAAAGCAGUUUAAGUGGAAAGCUCUAGCAGCUGACGACGACGUCGUACUCGCAGGAGAAACUGAGACGAAAAUCGAGGCAUGGGGUGAAGUCAACCUGCCUCUAUCAACACCAAGUGGCAUCAAGACAACGACGCUGAAGCGCGUGGCUCUGAUCUAA